AGCCAGGAGCCAACUGGAACUCUGAUGCCCGCCCAAGUCCCCAUGCCAGGCCGACUGCAGCCACAUGGAUGCUGGUGGGCAUGUGGGAUUCAGGAGUCUCCACUGAUCUGUGCCAGUCUGGAAGGCCACGAUCGCACCCCAAAACACCUGGAGCCUCCACAGAGCUCAUGCCCAGCAGCCCCAGAAGGUCACACUGCCGCCAUCUUGUGGGCUCUGAAUUGUGCUCUUUCAACAGGUGGAUUUAUGCCAGCAAAUCCAGAGAGAAAACCAACCUGCUGCUAUUGGCAGUGCAACCUGAAGCAGGGAUCACGUGCAGGAGACGGUCCCAGCUUCCCGCAGGGCUGGGGCUGCUCUCCCGCCGCCUUACCUCUGAGACAGGGCUGGGGUCAGGAUGGAGCUGGGGUCCAGGGCGCGAAGUGCCCAUCAGGAAGGCAGGCGCCACCCCGGGCGGGAUGACAGACUCCAGAAGCCCUCCCUGAACAAAGACUGGGUGGGAGGCGGCCUGGUGUGUCCCCACCCCGCCUCCCCCAGCGCCUGUUGAGCCGCGACCACAGACAGCGAGGCGGAGCGAGCAUGGCGGGGCCCCCGGCCGCUCUGCUGCCCCUCGUCCUCCAGCUCACGAGCGUGGCCGUGGCCUCCGCGACGGACGGAGGUGGGGUCAUCCUCCCAGAGCCCCCUGGGCUUGCUGACAUCCAGGACUACCAGCAGCAGGCACCAGCCCGCUCCUCAUCCCAUGCUGGGGCCCCACAGGAGCAGUGGCGCCCCCUGGAGGAGCGACUGGAAAGGCUGGAGGCCCAGAUGAUGGAACUCAGAGAGCAGAACAAAGAGCUGCAGGCGAGGGUGAGGCAGCUGGAGUCCUGUGAAUGCCGCCCAGCGUCUCCCCAGUGCUGGGGGCUGGGGCGGGCCUGGCCCGAGGGUGCUCGUUGGGAGCCUGACACCUGCACCGCCUGUGUCUGCCAGGAUGGGACCGUGCACUGUGACCCCAAGCCCGACCUGCCCCACUGCCACGGCUGCAGCCACAAUGGUCAGACCUAUGGCAACGGGGAGACCUUCUCCCCGGACGCUUGCACCACCUGUCACUGCUUGGAAGGAACCAUAAAGUGUACGCAGAAGCCAUGCCCAAGAGGACCCUGCCCGGAGCCAGGAACAUGCUGUCCUCACUGUGAGCCAGGCUGCCCUGGAGGCCACAGGGAUGGGGAAACAUGGCAACCAGAGCCCUGUGUCAUCUGCACCUGCCAGGCAGGGACCGUGCGGUGCCAGGGGCCCUCAUGUGCAGAGCUCAACUGCCUGGAGAGCUACACCCCACCUGGGGAGUGCUGCCCUGUCUGCCGGCCAGGCUGUGAGUAUGAGGGGCGGCCUUAUGAAGAGGGGGCCAGCUUCCUGUCCAGCGCCGACCCUUGUCUCCAAUGCUCCUGCCUGAGGAGCCUGGUUCACUGUGCACCCAUCAAGUGUCCACCCAGCCCCUGCCCUGAGCCAGUCCUGAGGCCUGGCCACUGCUGCCCGACCUGCCAAGGCUGCACGGAAGGUGGCUCUCGCUGGGAUCAUGGCCAAGAGUGGACUGCCCCUGGGGACCCCUGCCGGAUCUGCCGGUGCCUGGAGGGCCACAUUCAGUGCCGCCAGCGAGAAUGCUCCAGCCUGUGCCCGUACCCUGCCCGGCCUCGUCCAGGCACCUGCUGCCCGCUGUGCGAUGGCUGUUUCCUAAAUGGGCGGGAGUACCGCAGCGGAGAGCCCGUGGGCUCUGGGGACCCCUGCUCGCGCUGCCACUGUGCCAACGGGAGUGUCCAGUGUGAGCCUCUGCCCUGCCCGCCCGUGCCCUGCAGACACCCAGGCAGGAUCCCUGGCCAGUGCUGCCCAGUCUGUGAUGGCUGUGAGUACCAGGGACACCAGUACCAGAGUGAGGAGACCUUCCGGCUCCAAGAGAGGGGGCGCUGCAUCCGCUGCUCCUGCCAGGCCGGCGAGGUGUCCUGUGAGGAGCAGGCGUGCCCGGUUGCCCCCUGCACCCUGCCUGACUCUGGCCCCCAGCUCUGCCCAGCCUGCGUGCUGGAUGGAGAGGAGUUUGCUGAGGGGGUCCAGUGGGAGCCUGAUGGUCAGCCCUGCACGGCCUGCUCCUGUCACGAUGGCGUGCCCAUGUGUGGGGCUGUGCUCUGCUCCCCACCCCCCUGCCAGCACCCUACCCAGCUCCCCGGUGCCUGCUGCCCCAGCUGUGAGAGCUGCACCUAUCACGGCCAAGUGUAUGCCAAUGGGAGGAACUUCACGGACUCGGAUAGCCCUUGCCACGCCUGCCGCUGCGAGGCUGGGACUGUGAGGUGCUCCUUGGUUGACUGCCCUCCCACAACUUGUGCCAGGCCCCAGAGUGGACCCGACCAGUGCUGCCCCAGGUGCCCAGACUGCAUCCUGGAGGAGCAAGUAUUUGUGGAUGGCGAGAGCUUCUCCCACCCCCGAGACCCCUGCCAGGAGUGCCGGUGUCAGGAAGGCCACGCCCAUUGCCAGCCUCGGGCCUGCCCCAGGGCCCCUUGUGCCCAUCCACUGCCUGGCACCUGCUGCCAGAACAACUGCAAUGGCUGUGCCUUUGGCGGGAAAGAGUACCCUAACGGAGCAGACUUCCCCCACCCGUCUGAUCCCUGCCGUCAGUGUCGCUGUCUGAGCGGAGGCGUGCAGUGCCUCUCCCGCCGCUGCCCGCCGCUGCCCUGUCCAGAGCCGGUCCUGCUGCCCGGAGAGUGCUGCCCGCAGUGCCCCGCCACCUCCUCCGGCUGCCCGCGGCCAGGGGGCGGGGUCCCGGCCCGCCACCUAGAGCAUUUCUCCCAGCCCGACGACCCCUGCCGCCGCUGCCUCUGCCUCGAUGGCUCUGUGUCCUGCCAGCGGCUGCCCUGCCCGCCUGCGCCCUGCUCCCACCCGCUCCAAGGGCCCUGCUGCCCGUCCUGCGACGGCUGCCUGUACCAGGGGAAGGACUUUGCCAGCGGGGAGCGUUUCCCUUCGCCCACUGCCUCGUGCCACGUCUGCCUCUGCUGGGAGGGCAGCGUCAGCUGCGAGCCCAGGGCCUGCGCACCUGCUCAGUGCCCCUUCCCUGCCAGGGGUGACUGCUGUCCUGCCUGUGAUGGUUGCGAGUAUCUAGGGGAGUCCUACCUGAGCGGCCAGGAGUUCCCGGAUCCCCGAGAGCCCUGCAAUCUGUGUACCUGCCUUGGAGGCUUUGUGACCUGUGGCCGCCAGCCCUGUGAGCCUCUGGGCUGCAGCCACCCGCUCACCCCGGCUGGACACUGCUGCCCAACCUGCCAGGGAUGCCUCUAUCAUGGGGUCACCGCAGCCCAUGGAGAGACCCUUCCUGACCCACUCGACCCCAGCUGCUCCCUCUGCACCUGCCAGGAAGGUUCCGUGCGCUGCCAGAAGAAGCCAUGUCCUCCAGCUCUCUGCCCCCACCCCUCUCCAGGACCCUGCUUCUGCCCUGUUUGCCACAGCUGCCUCACCCAGGGCCAUGAGCACCAGGAUGGGGCAGAGUUUGAGGGGCCCCCAGGCAGCUGCGAGUGGUGUCGUUGUCAGGCCGGCCAGGUCAGCUGUGUGAGGCUGCAGUGCCCCCCUCUGUCCUGCCCGCUCCAGGUCACGGAGCAGGGGGGCUGCUGUCCUCGCUGCAGAGGCUGCCUGGCUCACGGGGAGGAGCACCCGGAAGGCAGUAGCUGGGUGCACCCCCAAAGCCCCUGCUCCUCCUGCAUGUGUCACGAGGGCGUCGUCACCUGUGCCCGCGUCCAGUGUGUCAGCUCCUGUGCCCAGCCCCACCGAGGGCUCAGUGACUGCUGCCCUCGAUGCUCUGACUGUGAACAUGAAGGUCGGAAGUACGAGCCAGGGGAAAGCUUCCAGCCUGGGGCAGACCCGUGUGAAGUGUGCAUCUGUGAGCUGCAGCCUGAGGGGCCCCCGAGCCUUCAGUGUCAUCGGCGGCAGUGUCCCAGCCUGGUGGGCUGUCCCGCCAGCCAGCUCCUGCCCCCUGGGCCACAGCACUGCUGCCCCACCUGUGCCCAGGCGCUGAGCAACUGCACAGAGGGCCUGCUGGGGUCUGAGGUGGCCCCGCCGGACCCUUGCUACACCUGCCAGUGCCAGGACCUGACAUGGCUCUGCAUUCACCAGGCCUGUCCUGAGCUCAGCUGUCCCGCAUCGGAGCGCCACACCCCCCCUGGGAGCUGCUGCCCCGAGUGCCGAGGACCCUUUCCACUUCCCUCGCACUGGUUGCGGGGCCUGCCAUCUGAAUGCGUGGUGGAGGCCGAGGGCCGGAGAGCGGCGGAUGGAGAGAGCUGGCGGGACCCUAGCAACGCUUGCAUUACUUGCGCCUGCCAUCGGGGCCGCGUGGAGUGCCACCUGGAGGAGUGCCCCGCCCUCUCCUGCCCCCAGGGCUGGGCGAAGGUGCGAGAGGCUGGCAGCUGCUGUGAGCGAUGCCAAGCCCCCGCCCAGUCGUGCGCGCACGAGGGCCGGGCGGUGGCCUCCGGGGAGCGCUGGGCCGUGGACGUUUGCACCACUUGCUCCUGCGUGGCAGGCACCGUGCGCUGCCAGAGCCAGCGCUGCCCGCCGCUCUCCUGUGGCCCCGACGAGGCCCCCGCCCUGAGUCCCGGCAGCUGCUGCCCCCGCUGCCUGCCCCGACCCGCCUCCUGCAUGGCCUUCGGAGACCCUCAUUACCGAACAUUCGACGGCCGCCUGCUGCACUUCCAGGGCAGCUGCAGCUAUGUGCUGGCCAAGGACUGCCGCGGAGGGGACUUCAGCGUGCACGUGACCAACGAUAACCGGGGCCGGAGGGGUGUGGCCUGGACCCAGGAAGUGGCGGUGCUGCUCGGGGACGUGGCGGUGCGGCUGCUGCAGGGCAAAGAGGUCACGGUGGACGGGCGCCCUGUGGCCUUGCCCUUUCUGCAGGAGCCGCUGCUGUACGUGGAGUUACGGAGACGCACCGUGAUCCUGCAUGCCCAGCCCGGGCUCCAGGUGCUGUGGGAUGGGCAGUCUCAGGUGGAGGUGAGCGUGCCCAGCUCCUACAGGGGCCAGAUGUGUGGGCUCUGUGGGAACUUCAAUGGCUUUGCCCAGGAUGAUCUGCAGGGCCCUGAGGGGUUGCUCCCGCCCACAGAGGCUGCAUUUGGGAAUAGCUGGCAGGUCCCAGAAGGGCCGGGACCCAGUCGGAUAUGUUCCAAGGGCCGCGAGGUGGAUCCGUGCAGGGCAGCGGGCUACCGUGCCAGGCGUGAGGCCAACGCCCGGUGUGGUGUGCUUAAGUCCUCCCCGUUCAGUCGCUGCCACUCUGUGGUGCCACCAGAGCCCUUCUUUGCCGCCUGCGUGUAUGACCUAUGUGCUUGUGGCCCCGGCUCUUUGGCUGACGCCUGCCUCUGUGAUGCCCUGGAAGCCUAUGCCAGUCACUGUCGCCAGGCAGGAGUGACACCUGCCUGGCGGGGCCCCACACUCUGCGUGGUGGGCUGUCCCCUGGACCGCGGCUUCGUGUUCGAUGAGUGUGGCCCGCCCUGUCCCCGCACCUGCUUCAACCAGCACAUCCCCCUGGGGGAACUGGCUGCCCACUGUGUGAGGCCCUGCGUUCCUGGCUGCCAGUGCCCCGCGGGCCUGGUGGAGCACGAGGCCCACUGUAUCUCACCCGAGGCCUGCCCCCCAGUCCAGCUCACUGGGGACCAGCCACCCAGGCCUCCGCCCAGCCCUGGCCAGUAGCCAGGACACCAGGACUCAUCAGGUCAGAAGCCUCUCCUCUGAGAACAGCUCUCACCCUGGCCAGAGCCAUGGAAAGAGUACCCCACCCAGGCACUGGGGUCCUGUGUCCCACAAAGACCUCAUCAUGUUCAAUCAGAAGCAGUAAAAUCGGGGCCUCUCCUACA